AUCUAGUGAUCUAAUAUGUAUUUCAAAUAACCUGCUUUCAGGAAAAUAAAUUAAAACCACUUUCGUGUUCAUGAAAAUACUCCACAAGCUGAUUUAAUGGCAGCAAUAUCCAAUGUUGCUCCCCACUAAAGUGAUUUGAGGUCAGUCAUUCAAUCAAAAAUUGCGCCACCUACUUCUAGCUUUUUCCCUUUGACCAUGCUUUUUCUGAGUGACAAAACUGGACUUCGUAGGUCAGCCCGGGUUCGGGUGCCACCACCUAACAGGUAUCCGUUUAUUAUAUAUGUACAGACGAAACGGGAAUUAAAGCUAAUUAAUCGGGGUAUCCGCGAGGAGUGCCUGGUAAGUGCGAUCAGUGACAUGGAAUAUUUUAAAUUAUUCAUAAUUUUCGAAGAUUUUAAUGUUUCACAAUAUUCACUUUUGUUUUUCAAAUAAAAUCUCGAAACGCGGGCGGAAAUGCUGGAGAGCGGAACCGUACGAUUGCGCGAUUCAUGAAUUUUCAGUAGCCAUGAGUAAAUUGACGGGGCAACAGGACGCCUUUACUGUGCUUUUUCUGAGUGAUUUUUUUCAUAUUGUUUUAGGUGAGAAAGCUGGCCUUUGUAGGUUAAACCGGGUUCGGAGGCCACAACCCAACCGGUAUCCGUUUGUUAUGUACAUUAAUCGGGGUAUCCCUGAGGUGUGCCUGGUAGGUGCGAACCGUGACAUGGAAUAUUUUAAAUUGUUCAUAAUUUUCGAAGAUUCAAAAUUAAAAUUUGAUUUGUACAUCAAAAGGGCGAUUGAGAUUGCUGAGACGAAGUAAUUCGUACGUAUGUUGUUUCAUUUGGAGGCCAGU